AACAGGAAUUCCUUAAUAUGAGUGAUGAUAAACCUUUCCAAUGCACUGCUCCUGGGUGUGGACAGAUUCCCAAACACAUUUCCUGUUAAUUAAAUUACCAAAAUGCGCCUGACAUAAAGUGAACCUGGGGCUCCUGAGCCUGAUAUGGAGCCCCGGGAAGUUGUUGUCUUUGGCUGAGAUUUUGGAUAUACUGAGAGAUUUACAAAUGAGGAUCACUUGGCUGUCCACAAACACAAACAUGAGAUGACCCUGAAGUUUGGCCCAGCAAGGAAUGACGGUGCCAUCAUUGCUGACCAAACACCAACACCAACCCGCUUUUUGAAGAACUGUGAGGAGGUCGGACUCUUUAAUGAACUUGCAAGUCCGUUUGACCAUGACUUCAAAAAAGCGAGUGAAGAUGACAUUAAAAAGCUACCAUUGGAUUUGUCACCUCUUGCAACGCCUAUCAUACGCAACAAAACUGAGGAGCCCACGGCUAUGGAGGCUCAUCGAGAUAGCCCGCUGCCUCACCCCGAGUCGACUACGAAUGAUGACAAGGAUUUAUCUUUGCAGCCAGCCUCACUGCCAACAUCCACUAUAGUCCAUCCUGCAUCCCUCCAAGUUCCCAAUGUACUCCUAGCAACCUCAGAGGCUAAUGUUGUAAUACAGCAAGCUCUCCCAUCACCAACAUCUAGCUCUGUUAUUACCCAAGUCCCAUCCACUAAUAGGCCUAUAGUCCCGGUGUCUGGCACCUUCCCUGUGCUCUUACAGCUGUCUAACGGACAGACCAUGCCGGUUGCUAUACCGGCGUCUAUUACAAGCUCAAGUGUUCAUAUUCCAACUACGAUCCCUCUUGUCAGACCCGUCACCAUUGUGCCUAACGUCCCCGGGAUCCCAGGACCUCCCUCGCCACAGCCGCAGACCGCCCAAUCAGAAGCAAAGCUGAAACGAAAAGCCACGUUAAACCAGCAGCUUCCUCAGGUAACCAAUGGAAAUGCUGGUGAAGUCCAGAGCAGCGCCGUAACCCACACUGCUGCUCCACCUUCUCCUGCUCCGACCCCAGCCCCAACUCCGUCCCCCAUCGCCGUCCUAACUCCUGCUCCAGCUGCUCACCUGCCCACGACUGAGGAACCGUCCCCCCAUUCCCUUCAGCAGCCAGCCACCUCCACGACAGAGACACCUGCUUCUCCGGCGCCCCCUGCUCCAAACCCCCCAAGCACAGGGGGUCGGCGGCGCAGAACCACAAGUGAAAACCCGGACGAGAAGCGACGCAAGUUUCUGGAGCGUAACAGGGCUGCAGCCUCUCGCUGCAGGCAGAAGAGGAAAGUGUGGGUCCAGUCUCUGGAGAAGAAGGCCGAAGACCUCAACUCCAUGAACGGACAUCUACAGAGUGAAGUCACCCUGCUGAGAACCGAAGUGGCUCAGCUGAAGCAGCUUCUUCUGGCUCAUAAAGAUUGCCCUGUAACCGCCAUGCAGAAGAAAUCUGGCUAUCACAUCUCUGAUAAGGACGAGAGCUGCGAGGAGAUGUCCGUCCCCAGCAGCCCCCAGAACGAGGCCAUCCAGCACAGCUCCGUCAGCACCUCAAACGGGGUCAGCGCCUCCUCCGCGACCUCGGCCGCCUCGUCCAGCGCCGCCACCACCACAUCCAACCAGAGCACAGAGGAGACCCAGUCUCAGCCUUCAGGGAGUUGAUCGUCCCAAACCGUUGCCUCAGAGGAAAGGGAUUCUCUCUCAUCUUUAGUUUGGACCCGGCUGUUUUUAAUUUGUUUAUGUUUGGUCCAUUUUGUCCUCCGUUGGCAAUGCUUUUUUUUUGAAAAUGCAAACGUUUUCUCUGGAAUUGAUGAAGACAAAAUAACAGGCACUUUAUGUGUAAGAUGUAAAACGUAUGGUUCUAAAAUGUUUUUGUGCAAUUUAUUUAUAUAUUUGUUUUUAUUUAAUAGCGAUCAUCCUGAAGGUUUGAUCAGCAAAUUGUUAGACCUUACCAAAGUGUGUUGUUUAUUUGUAACUAGUUUGCUUGUUUGUUUUCAUGACUUUUAAUAAGCACUAUCUUUAUGAUGA